GGGUGGGGAUGCCGUGUUUAUAAGGGGAGCGGUGGCAGUGCUCCUGCCAGCCCGCUUCCCCAUCCCCACUCCUCUUCUGGAAUCCUUACCCGCCCCCUCCUUUCUGCCUCCAUCCAGUGGCUGGUGGGAAUGGGAAGGAGAGGGCAAGACGGCAGGAGUUAGAGAGAGAGAGAGAGAGAGAGAGAGAGAGAGAGAGAGAGAGAGAGAGAGAGAGAGAGAGAGCGCAGAGGUGUGGGAAAAUCGCACAGGCUGCCAAAUCAGGGAAUUCCUUCCAAUUGGAGAAGGAAGUCUGCUGACGUUAGUUAGUUAAAUUUAACAUCCUUUUUUUAUGUGUGCCAUUUGACUUUAGCAACAAAAAUGAACUUUGAGGAGGAAGCCCACGCUAAGAGAUACUGCAUUAAAACAAAACAUGUGGCGAUUAUCUGUGGAGUCGUGGUGGGUGUGGGACUAAUAGUAGGACUUUCUGUGGGCUUGACCAGGUCAUGCCCCCAAAACUCCGGGCAGGACACGAUUCCUCCACCUACUGGCAGCCCUACUGGCAGCCCUCCCGGCAGCACUCCCAGCGAGAGCCCGCCGCAGGAUCUGGGGGUCUGUCCCGCCAGUGAAGAUGACAGUGGAGCCUGGAAACACUUCAGGCUGCCGGACUUCAUCAACCCGGUGCACUACGACCUGGAGGUGAAGCCCCAGCUGGAGGAAGACACCUACACCGGUGUGGUGACCAUCUCCAUCAACGUGAGCAAGCCCACCAAGCACCUGUGGCUGCACAUCCGGGAGACCAGGGUCACCAAGCUCCCAGUGCUGAAGAGGCCCUCCGGGGAGCAGGUGCAAGUCAAGGGGUGCUUCGAGUACAAAAAACUGGAGUACGUAGUGGUCGACGCGGGAGAGGAGCUUCUGCCCAACGAUGGCCAGGGCCCCUACCUCCUGACGCUGGAGUUUGCGGGCUGGCUGAAUGGCUCCCUUGUGGGCUUUUACAGAACGACCUACGUGGAGGAUGGACAAACCAAGAGCAUAGCAGCCACCGAUCAUGAACCAACAGACGCCAGGAAGACCUUCCCCUGCUUUGAUGAGCCCAACAAAAAGGCAACAUACACAAUAACUAUUGUCCACCCCAAUGAGUAUGAAGCACUUUCAAAUAUGCCAGUGGAUAAACGAGAGCCAGUGAAUGGCAAAUGGACUCGAACAACUUUCCUAAAGUCUGUCCCCAUGAGCACUUACCUGGUAUGCUUUGCUGUACACCAGUUUGUUCCUGUGAAGAGAACAUCAAAAAGUGGAAAACCGCUCACUAUCUAUGUCCAGAAGCAACAAAUGCACACAGCUGAAUAUGCUGCAAACAUAACCCAAAGUGUGUUUGAUUAUUUCGAAGAUUACUUUGGUAUGGAGUAUGCUCUUCCCAAAUUAGAUAAAAUCGCUAUUCCAGAUUUUGGCACUGGUGCAAUGGAGAAUUGGGGCCUCAUCACUUACAGAGAAACCAACCUGCUUUAUGACCCUGAGGAAUCAGCCUCAUCCAACAAACAGAGGGUGGCCAGCGUGGUGGCUCAUGAGCUAGUGCACCAGUGGUUUGGAAACACUGUGACCAUGGAGUGGUGGGAAGACCUAUGGCUAAAUGAAGGCUUUGCCUCCUUCUUUGAGUUCCUGGGAGUAGCCAACGCCGAGAAAGAUUGGCAGAUGCGUGACCAGAUGUUACUCGACGAUGUGUUACCUGUACAAGAGGAUGAUUCUUUGAUGUCUUCACACCCAAUAGUUGUCACUGUGACAACUCCCGCUGAAAUAACGUCUGUUUUUGAUGGGAUCUCCUAUAGCAAGGGAGCUUCCAUUCUGAGAAUGCUUGAAGACUGGAUAACACCAGAGAACUUUCGGAAAGGAUGUCAAGCGUACUUGCAAAAAUACAAGUUUAAGAAUGCAAAAACUUCAGAUUUUUGGGACGCACUUGCAGAGGCCAGUAAUCAGCCAGUGAAUGAGGUCAUGAACACCUGGACCAGUCAGAUGGGCUACCCUGUACUCACUGUGGAGAGGAUGAGGACUGUCAAGCAGAAGCGCUUUCUUUUGGACUCCAAAGCUAAUGCUUCCCUGCCACAUUCAGAACUGGGUUACACAUGGAAUAUUCCAGUUAAAUGGACCGGAGAUGGUAUAACAAGUACUACAUUCUUCAAUAGGUCAGAAGCAGGAGGCAUCACUUUGACAGCUAAUCCUGAUGGAGAUUUUGUGAAAAUAAACCCAGAUCAUAUUGGAUUUUAUCGUGUCAAUUAUGAAAAAUCAACUUGGGACACUAUAGCUACUAAUCUUACCAGGAACCACACGGACUUUUCUUCUGCUGACCGUGCAAGUCUCAUUGAUGAUGCUUUUGCCUUGGCAAGAGCUCAACUUCUAGGUUAUGAGAAUGCUUUGAACUUGACCAGCUAUCUCACAGGGGAAGAGGAUUAUUUGCCAUGGCAGAGAGUCAUUUCAGCUGUGACCUAUAUCAUCAGCAUGUUUGAAGAUGAUAAAGAGCUGUACCCCAAGAUUAAGGCAUACUUCCAAGGACAAGUGGGGCCCAUUGCAAGUAAACUGCAAUGGAACGAUACUGGAGACCACCUCACAAGGUUGCUCCGGGCCUCAGUGCUGGGGUUUGCUUGUAAAGUGGGAGACAAAUCUGCCUUGGACAGUGCUUCCCAGUUAUUUCAGGAUUGGCUCAGUGGGAAUGUGAAGCUUCCUGUGAAUCUCAGGCUUCUGGUAUAUCGGUAUGGCAUGCAGAACUCUGGCAACGAAAGUUCCUGGAAUUUCAUGCUUGAGAAAUACCGGAAUACUGCAUUAGCACAAGAGAAAGAAAAACUGCUGUAUGGGUUAGCAUCCGUAAAUAACAUUACUCUUUUGUCAAACUAUUUGGAUUUGCUCAAGGACCCAAACAUUAUUAAAAGUCAGGAUGUGUUUACAGUCAUCCGAUAUAUCUCAUAUAACCACUAUGGGAAGACCAUGGCUUGGACCUGGAUACAGCUCAACUGGGACUAUCUAGUCAACAGAUUCACGAUCAACGACAGGAACCUCGGCAGGAUUGUCACCAUAGCAGACCCUUUCAACACGGAGCUGCAGCUCUGGGAGAUGGAGAGCUUUUUUAAAAGAUAUCCAGAAGCUGGAGCAGGAGAAACACCAAGACAGCAAGUGUUGGAAACAGUGAAAAACAAUAUCGAUUGGCUAAAACAAAAUAGGGAAACUAUAGCAGACUGGUUUCAAAAUGUGUAGUGGGAAUGGUUCAUGUGUGAAUGUUGCUUCUCCUAUUAAGCAUUUAGUGGCCUAAUUUAUAAGCAUUAUGGUGGGAGCUUUAUGCAGAUACUGCUUUUACUAAGUAUCGUGUUUUAUAUCUUGCAAACCUUUCAAAUUGUUCCCCUUUAUGAAGAUGCUGAUAGAAUAGUUAAUGUACUCAGGGAUUUCUUCUAAGUGUACUUCAUCGGAGAUAUUUUACAAACUGAAGACAAUUUAAUAGCUGUUUUAGUAUCUUUAAAUAUCAUUCUUUGUAUCUUAAAUCUAUGAAAAUAGAACAAUUUGGUCUUAGCUUUACAUUUUUAGUACCAAGGAAACUCCACUUAAUCUUCUCUCUUGAUUGAUUUUUUAAAGUUUAAAUACCAGUACUAGAGGGACCAAUAUUACCAUGUUAAUCUUUAUUUUAUUAUUCAGAACUACAUAGCCCUAAUAUCAUUUUAUUCACAUUUGUCUUACCCAAAGUAACCUGGGCUUAAGUUCUACUUAAGGAUUGCAGGAAUUAGCCAAAGAAAUGACUGGCUGUUGCCUUCGCUCUUACAGAAUCAACAAGAGAACUCGCCUCUCCUUUUAAAAAUAAAUCUAAAUGAUUACCAAGAAGAAAAUACAUUGUUUCCAGUGUCACUUUACUCUUGAAUAAUAAUGACUGUAGCAUUUCCCAAAUAAUUUAGCACAAAGCAAAUACGAUUCAAGAACCAGCCUUUUUCAUGCUUGCUGUUCUACCAUCUUCCUCCAGUCCCUAUAAAGCUCCUUUAAAUAUGCUAUGAAAUCAGAGAGAGGAUAGUGCUUAACUCUGCCUCAUGGAUUUUAGUGGAAAAAGGCUAAAUAAUUGGAAACUGGUCAGGAAAGAGAGAAGGCCGAUUAUUCCAUAAAACUAAGUGGAAUUAGAAUUUAGCAGUGGCCUCACCUAGCAAUCUAAGUGUUUUGAAAAGGAAGAAACUCAUGGAUGUCUCCAGCAUUGCUGAGACUAUGUCUUUUUAUAGGUAACUUAUAUGUAUGAACCCUCAGGUUCUAAUCCAUACAGAAUAGCACUGGUCGAAUUUAUAUUCACAAUUUGAUUAAACACAAGUAGAAGCUGGUAGCAAGAAUAUACUUAAAAUGACAUCGAUGCCGAGGAAAUCCACAGUAUAAGUCCAACAGGCAAAAAAGAUGGCAAAUUACUUCUUUCCAAUUUGCUGUAUCUAGAAAAUCUAAAUCAAUUAGUAACUUCCAGCUGUUAUAAUUCAAGGCGGACUUGAUGACAACUGAAGCACACAGGAGCAAUCAAAACCUUAGCUUUGAUUUUAUUUACAUAAAUAAUGUGUCCCAAUCAAGCACUCUCAAACUUUGUACACUUCCCCACUGCUGUGUCUUAAUUAUCACUUCUCAAUGCAUCCAGAUAAACUGGCAAAUUCAAAUGUAGGCUUGUAGAAGGGGACAAGGACAAAAAAAAAAAAAGAAAGAAAUCUCUGGACCAAACCUUUAAAAUGUUAUUUUAAGAUACUUUGGGAAUAAAACCAUGUUAAUACCAUAGAUCAUCAAGAAAAAACUCACUUGCUCUGGGGAUGAACCCCAAGCUUCAACUUGAUCCCAAUCAAAACCUGUACUUGAAGACUUGGUGUUGUUUGAAGUGGACAAAUAAGGGAAUAGAAGAGUUGAUCCUUCUGUUUUAUGUCAUAAAUAAGAUUUCAAUAGAAAUAUAUGUUCCAGGGGGCUAGUAAAUAAAACAGAUUACAAGUUGCCCACAAGUCAUUCUGUUUCAUGCCAAGUCAUUCUAU